UGAGUUUGAUUGAAUUUGCAGCAUUGUCGCAGAACGUUUUUCCUAACUGGCAAAUAAACUCUCAAUAAACUCAUACACUCUCACACACACACACCCUCAUAGUCAAACAAAUGCCUUCAUCGCCCACGUUACUCGACGACAACGAGGAAGAAGGAUCUUCAUCGUCCGGCCGUCCGGAAAAGUCCUCUUCCAACUCGUCGUCCCUGUCCGCCGGCUCGACCAUAUCGACGACCUCUUCUAGAACCUGUUCCACCUCUUCCUCUUCCUCCUCUUCAUCGUCGUCGUCUACGGCUUCCGAUGACGAAACGAACCAAUUGGACGAAAAAUUACCCGAAAAUGCGAAUGAGAACGACGGCUGCGGUGGUGGCGAUGCUGGUGCCGCGAUACUGUCUGCCUCUCCAACAGCUUCAGCUUCAGGAGCAGCGGAUGGGAAGGAAUCGGACGAGACGCCUGCCUCCGCUCCCAUCGAUGACGCGGACGCAUUGCUAGCAAAGUCGUCCGAGCUGCUGAGCCUAACGAAGGAGGAGCCUCUCGACCAGCUGCUGUUCCUUUCGCCGAAGCCGACGAAGGAGCCCAUCUACAGCUUGCCGCGCCAGUCCAUCUACUACAACAACCGCGACAUUCUCGACCUCGGGAGCAAUCUGCGGGCGCAGGGCGGUGGUGGUGGUGGUGGACUAUCCGGUGAAUUCGCAUUCCAGUAUGCCGUACUGCCGGAUACGAACAACAUUCAGUUCUUUCUGCAAAAUCGCUCCCAGUACCAUCGGCUCGGCCCGAACGGCCACGUGCAGGAGUUUCGCAUGGCCACGUGCACGUGCUGCGACUUCAAGUAUCCGGUCAACACGGUCGGAGCGAACGCCACGGCCGCUCCAGUGAACCAGAGCUGUGCCACCCUGAACCUGUCCAAUCUGAACGCCAACCAGAUCUACGGCAAUCUGCAGCAGCAGCAGCAGCAGCAGCAACAGCAGCAGCAAAUACAGCUGCAACAACAGCAGCGGCUGCGAUGCAUGCAGUAUCAACAGCAGCAAUACAACUACCGUGCCAGUGCCGGCGUUGGUAACAGCAACAACAGUAUGGGUCGCGAUUACAACAUGUACCAGUCUGGCAAUGGUGGUGGUGGUGCUGCAGCAGGAGGUGUAGUUCCGUCGUCUUCGCGCUUCAACAAUGGCAUCUACGGAUCGGGAGCAGUGCCCGGUGCAUCCUCGCCGAAUGCACAGGGAGGAGGCGGCAUGGCGGCUGGCGGUAGCUCUGCAGGCAACGGCGGCUUCUUCAACAACAACGCUUUGAUGGGUCGCGAUCAGUUCAAUCCAAUGGUCUCCAUGACGAUGCAGUACAACCACAACAGCGGUGCUAAUCCCAAAGGAAUCUCGCAAUCGAACGGUGGCGCAUCUUCGCUAUCGUCUGCCGCUGCACUGCGCCAACAGCAGCAGUACGAGUUGUCCCAGCAGCAAAAGCAGCAGUACGUGAACAACUACUCGCUGGGUGCCGGCGCUAACGCUGCCAACAAUACAGCCUCCAGUGCCGCCGUCCGCCUCCAACAGCAGCAGCAACAGCAGUCGCAACAGUCAAGCCAUUACUACAAGAAAAAUCAAUCCAUGCGCUAUGGAGGACCAACGGGUCUGAACGCGAACAUGAUGUCCAGUGGUCCGGCCGGUUCCUCCAACUGGAAAAACUCGAUGACCAAUAACGCGAUCCAGGAUACUGCUGCGAAGUUGUUUAUGGAACUGAACAAAAUGCAACAACAGCAGCAGCAGCAGCAGCAGCAGCAACAGUCCCCCUACUACGUACCUUUCCUGUAAAGAUAUUGUCUCUGUGCAAUGCAAACGCGCGCAGGCAAGCAAAAGACAACACAAAAAAACGACACAGUUAAAGUGUGUUUGUGGAAACGAUGAGAAUAAGAACUCAAGCGAAACUCACACAAAACACGCUGAUAAACAUUAGCCUCAAACAAUAAUGGACCAACAAAGCAAAAGAAAAACGCAAACGAAAAAUGCAUGGAAAAUGUGCGAAAAGAAAAGACCAAGACACAAGCGGCAGCAGCAACAUCAUGAUUAUCGUCAUCAUCAUCUCGCCAUCGUUACCAAAGUUGCCAAAGCAAACAAAC